UUAUUGUUUACACAUGUUUACAUUGACCAAACUGUAUAAAAUUGACUUGGACAUACUGUACAUAUAUAAAUUGCAAUUUACAGCUGACUUUUGCAGUUGCCCAGUUGAUCUUUAACACUCAAUGCCAACAACACAUUCAGACACAAAAUAAACAUAACCUCAUCAAUUGACAAAUUGUGAUAAAUAAAUUGAGUUUAUUGUAUUUUAAAGUUUUUAAUUUUAUAAAUUAUAAUAAACAAUGUCUACUUCAACAGAAAGAGAAUUAGAUUUAAGUAAUGCAUCACGUGGUGUUUGGCUUGUUAAAGUUCCAAAAUAUAUAUCAAAUAAAUGGGAAAAAGCACCUGGUAAUAUUGAGGUCGGCAAACUCAAAAUAACAAAAAUUCCUGGUUCAAAAGCUGAAGUUUCAUUGAAACUUGCUGAUUCAGUAAUGUCAUUAAAAGAAACAGGUGAAGAAGAUAUACCUCAACAACACAGACUUGAUGUUACCACAGUAACUCGACAAAUGCUUGGUGUAUUUUCACAUAUACCUGCCAAUCCAGAUGCAGAUGAAUCAGAGCCAAAAGAUGAACAACUUUUUAUGGAAGGUAGAAUUGUACAAAAAUUAGAAUGUCGUCCAGAUGCUGACAAGUGUUACAUGAAAUUGAAAAAAGCAAGUAUCAGAAGAGCUGCUGUUCCUUCAAGAAGUAUACAAACACUUGACAGAGCUGUUCAAAAUUUCAAGCCAGUUUCUGAUCACAAACACAAUAUUGAAUAUGCAGAGAAGAAAAAGGCUGAAGGUAAAAAGAUGAGAGAUGAUAAAAAUUCAGUGACGGAUAUGUUAUUUGCUGCAUUUGAAAAACAUCAGUAUUAUAAUAUCAAAGACUUGGUUAAAAUUACACGUCAGCCAAUUGUUUAUUUGAAGGAAAUACUUCAGGAAGUGUGUGUAUAUAAUUUGAAAAAUCCACACAGAAAUAUGUGGGAAUUAAAACCAGAGUUUCGUUGUUACGAUGGCGACAAACCAAUUGAACCAAUUGAACCAAUGGACGCUGAUGACUCUAGCUAA